UACAGAACAUUAAAUCAAUGUUGAUCUCGAUAAACAUAAGUGCUAUACUGGGGAGCAGUACAGCCAAUCACACGUCCUCCUCCCUACAAGUAUAAAUCACGUGCACAACCCCGAAAGACCUCAGACAACAGCCCGGGCCUUAUCGGAGGUUAUCGCAAGCAAGCCGUGACGUACCGACAUCGCUGGCUUCAAUCUUCAUCUCACACCCUGUACACCUCUCCACAAGACGCAUAGACAAUGGCAUCAUCAUCCUUUCUAAAAUCCCCUCCGCCCCUCGACCUCCCACCCUCGACCUCAACCUCCAACCCCCUUUACGUGACCAUCCGCUUCUCCGCCUCCAUCCCCGACCUCCCCCUCGACAUCUUUUCCCCCGAAACCACCACCUCCGCGGGCCUAAAACAACUCAUCCGCACACGUCUUCCCCCUAACCUCUCCUCUCACCGUCUCCGCCUCAUUCACGCUGGUCGUGGUCUUGAAGACAAGACCCCUCUCUCCGUAUCCCUCAAACUCCCUCCCACACCCACACGCUCCCCGCGACCACCAACAACCUCCCCACCCAACGACACCACCUCAGACCCGGCCUCCGAUCCCAACCGCAAAGGCAAAGCCCCUGUCCGCGACCAUCCCCGUCUUUACAUCCACUGCUCCAUCGGCGAUAUCGUUCUCUCAGCGGCCGAUCUUGCCGCGGAAGCGUCGAUCGCAUCUACACUCCACGACGACGAAGAACAAUCACCAUCAGAUAAUCAUCAUGAAGACGGUAGUGCCAGAGGACACCGACAGAAAGAUGUAGAUAGUGGCGGUGAUGCUAGUACUACGACGCCCGCGCCGCGGGGUUUCGACCGGUUACUCUCGGCAGGGUUUACACCCGCGGAGGUGGCAGGCCUCCGGUCGCAGUUUCUAGCGGUACAGUCGGUGUCGCAUACCCCGGAUACGAUGCCGUCGGGGGCGGAGUUGCGGGAGUUGGAGGACCGGUGGAUGGAUGAGGGGUCGACGGCGGCUAUGGCGGCUGGGGGAGGGGGCGGGGAUGGUGGGGUGGUGUCGUUUGCGGAGGAUGAUGGGGGUUUGGGGCUGGGUCGAGGGGCGCGAUGGAUGAUAUGCUUUGGGGGGCGGUGAUGGGGUUCUUUUGGCCGGUUGGGUGUGCCAUGUGGUUGAGGAGGGAGGAGGGGGUUUGGAGUUGGAGGAAGGGGUUGGCGGUUUUUGUUGGGGUCGUGGUUAAUAUUGCUUUUGGGGCCAUGAGGAUUAUGAAUUAGUGUUUUUAUGUUUGGUUUCUUUUUUCCAUGUAUUAUACCCUUGGUUGUUGUUUUUUUCUUCUAAGUUUUCUAGACAUCAUAAGGCUUGGCUUGUCGACGAAACUGUGCGAGGUACUAGAACAUGUAACAUGGCGCCUGAUUAAAGCUGAUGGGUUGCUAUCAUACAACAUUGCGUGAU